AUGAAUAGCUUUGUGUUUGACCCAUACUUUCGAUUCCAGGUGCGCCUCCCAAAACCGAAAAGCACCACUUGUCGUCCUCCACUAAGUGUUGCAUUAAACAGAGGAGUGUGCAAUGAAGAAACGUGGGCCAGUGUUGCACAGACUUCUGGGAAUGGUGCCUUCAGCCUCCUUAAAUUGGGAAGCCUUAGCUCCAAUCUGGGAUACCUGCUAAUGAGGUCAAGACUGAAUGUACAUCUGAGAUUUCUCGGAGGUCUUGAGCCCUGGACGGAGGUUACCACCCAGUCAUUGAAAUACACCCGAAGAGAGCGACUCAGAGAAACAGAAGGUUUGUUAGGGCUCCGACGAUUAGCGACGAAACUGAGAAAUUCCGGCCGGCCGGUGGCUGAGAGCAGUCACGAGAGGCCGCUGUGGCCGGCGGACUGGUUGGCAUGGAGUCUCGGAAGCGGAAGUGGAGCGAAGUGGUGGCGAUGGUGGCGAGUCCCACGGCGGAGGUGGCAACUGCCGGGGCCGAAGGUGAGGGGACCUCGGCCUCGGGCGCGGGCGGCGCCCGGAGCCGGGGGAGGCCUGGCCCCACCACCCGGGCUCCCGCCCUUCCCUCCCUCGGCCGCUGCCUAUGGGGCCGCCCCGCUCCCUCCCUUGUCCGUGUGGGACCUGACGCGGAGCUCGGACUGGGACAGCAAGAGCCCCGGGCAGCAGUGCCUGCUGCGAAUCAAGCGGGACGUCACCGCCCUCUACAAGGAGCCUCCCCCCGGCGUGUUUGUUGUGCUGGAUUCCCUGGACAUGACUAAGAUCCAUGCAUUGAGCAAGGGCCCGUUUGACACUCCUUAUGAAGGGGGCUUCUUCUUGUUCCUGGUUCGCUGUCCUCCAGAUUAUCCCAUCCGCCCACCGAGGGUCAAAUUGAUGACCACGGGCAAUAACAGGGUGAGGUUUAACCCCAACUUCUACAGCAGUGGGAAAGUCUGCCUGAGUAUUCUGGGGACUUGGGAUGGCCCUGCCUGGAGCCCAGCCCAGAGCAUCUCCUCAGUGCUGAUCUCCAUCCAGUCACUAAUGAAUGAAAACCCCUACCACAAUGAGCCUGGCUUUGAGCGGGAGAAACACCCAGGAGACAGCAAAAAGUACAAUGAGUAUAUCUGGCACGAGACCCUCAGAGUGUCAGGCUGUGACAUGCUGGAGGGAAGAUAUCUCUGCCCUAAGCCCCUGAGGGGUAUGAUGGAGAAGUCCUUUCUAGAGUAUUCUGACAUCUAUGAGGUGGCAUGCAAAGACCGACUAUCCCUCCAAGAUCUUCAAAUGGAGGAACCUUUUGGGGAGAAGCGAGGUUGCUUUGACUAAGAGUUUCUCCUGAUUCUCCUCGGGGCAAUUCGUCUGAGGGUGCAACAGGAACAGCAGCAGCACAGUGCUGAAAUAGAUUCUGAUAGAAGUUCAUCUAAAACAGUGACAGAUACCCAGGGGAGCUCAAGGGCCUAG